AUGGCUGCCGGACCGGCAUCUAGAAUCAGAUACAUCGCUAUUCUUUUGUCUAUAUUCGUUGGAAAAUUUAGAUGUACAAUUAUCGCGUUGUCUCUAGUAUCCAUUUUACUACUGCCAGCACUGAAGGAGAACAAUUUCAUUUUAACCCAUUCAUUCUUGACAGGAUCGGCCAUAGACAGAGUUACAGAUAGGGACAUUUCUUUUUCAAGCAGAAUCCAGCCAAUAUUGGAAUCUGAACUGACAAGUAUUUAUCAAUAUGAAGAUCAGCUAAUUGAUGAUGUGGGCAAAAAGGCAAAGAAACCCACUCUUCCGGAGAAUUUUUCACAGUUUAUCCCAUACCAACACACAAAAUCUGGCGGAACAGAUGAAAUAGAAACAAUAGUUCCCCAAGGAUACAUAUCCAUUGCAGAAAAAAUCAAACAUGAAAUCCCAAAUAUAGAUAUAUUUUUCCAUAAGUAUGUCUAUGAAAACAUGUGCAAAUACUCUAUUUUCAUAAUCCUCAAAUGCAAACGGUGUGUUCCUUUUUUUUCAAAUUUAACCGUUUCCACUAUGGAUAAAGAUACAACAUUUGCUAGUAGUUUAUUGCUUGGCGUAUUGUCUAGUUUGGCCGAUAAGCCCUUUUUAUCUCAAAAUCAUUAUUACCUCCUAGUACAUAAACAUGUGAAAUUCACUAAAGCAAUCUCAACUUUUCUAUAUUCCUAUAAUUAUGCCAUGGACCUCCCGUUUCAAAAUCACCAAAUACACAUUUCACAUGUACUAGACUUUGACGAAAAUUGUGCAAAUAACAUUUAUUUGUACUAUGAAGGUCUAAAUGGCUACAAACCACCAUUGGAUUGGAGCGUUACGGCAUUGAAUGAGUUUGUUCGCCACGGAAUCUACAUACUCACUUUACCACUUUGGGAGUCGUUACGACGACAAGCAUUCAAUUUACAUUUACAUAAACAGCAUUCGGCACUCAUGGAUUUUGGAAUUCCCUCUUUUACAAUUGCGGGGAAAUGCAAUAAAAAUCUAGCACACACUAGGACUACAUUGCUAAGGGCUUUACACGUGCUGGCUCGUGACCAAGGCAGCAUGGACGAGUCAAUGGAUGAAUGCAUGAAUUUUUACACCUUCAUCUCCAAUAAGUACUUUUUAUCAUUUUCUUCGCAUUUCAUCCCACUUUUAGGUCUAAUUAUUACUUCACUCUUUCAUGCGUUGAAUAACACUGGCACCAGGAAUCCCCAGACCUUAUUUUAUGGAUUAGCCUUCUAUAUGCUUAACAUAUUAAUAUUAGCAUCACUCCCCUAUUCUAUAAUAACAAAUGUAACUCAGAAUCUGUUUGGAGGUUAUUUAAUGCGAUUUUACCCCUUAACAAUAGGAAAAGAGUCCAUAUUGCUAUUGCAUACUUGA